AUGCAGUCUGAUCUACCCCUCAACACGUUAGGUGGAAAGAAUAUUGCCGAUUGCUCUCUCCGUAUUUCAAGUGAUUCAUAUCCUUGUGCCCAGCAAAAACACAGAUGGGUACAAAAAGGCAUAUCCUGCAACAUUCUGCUAUACUAUCCACAAAUAAUCGUUUUGUCAUCGAUAAUGUUAAAGGCAUACAAUCACGAAACUCUAACGAAAGUUUUCAUAGACCUCUUGAUCACAGCCUAUAUAGUAUUACUGAUGUUUAUACCAGGAAUUUUCUCAGAGUUGAUACUUCAUGAAUACAAAAAUAUUAUUGAGAUUUUAAUGAAACAACUUAUAAGAUGUGAAGACUCAUCACUUCGUAUGGAGAUGCAACAUGCGUUGGACUACAUGAUAAUGCGACCGUAUAGAUUUAAUUUAUUUGGUGCGAUUUCUCUUAAACUCUCAUUACCUCUAACUUUAGCCAGUUUGAUGGCAAGUGACCUUGUUGUGGUCUUACAAUUUACCAAAGUUUUGAAUUAUUAACAUAUAAUAAUUAUAGUAACAUUUAUCGUCUUUAGAUUGGAACAUUGAUAUGUGGUUUAUUGUCGCUUUUCAUGCUUUUCAUUAUUUUCCACAAACAUAAAUAUAUGUAUUGUUUUAAACAGGCAC